AUGAAGAAGGUGAAGAAGAGCUCACUCCUGCGCAAACCGAAGAACGUCCCAUACACGCGCCACGGGUCUUCCUCGGUCAGGUCGCGCCUCGACAGGGCAGCAUGGGCUCGGUGCUUGAAGGACUUCGUGAACGCGACGACCAAGCAGGUGAUCGACCGCUUGAAGAAGGACAAGGUCUUGCCUGAGUGGAAGGGCGCGAAGUGCCCCUACUGCCAGAUCGGCAAGCUGGGCCCCUUGAAGGACCAUGGCAAGAAGAAGGGCGGGUGGACCCACAAAUGCUCGAGCGACUGCUGCCGACGCUUCCUCAUGCCGCACGCCUUCCACCCUAUCUUCAAAUGCGGCACGGGGUCGUCGGGGGGGCGCUUGGCGGACCAGGCCGCCGUGCUGUUCUGCGCCGUGGCCCAGUGCUCGCAGACGUCCGCCCGCCUCUUGUUGAAGAACAACCACAAGAUGACAGAGGGCAUUUACUCUGCGCUGUAUGCAGCCCGCGCCAAGUACGUCAACUCCCACGAGAGGAACAUCUCCUUUGGCCAUGACCAGGACGGCAACGCGCUCGAGUGGGCGGACGUGGAGGACCCGAACGCUGGCCCCCGCACGCAGAAGCCCAUCAUCUGGGAGCAGUGGGGCGGCAUCGUGCAGCGGGGGCACCCCAGGUCCUUGGUCCUCUUCAGGUUGAAGCCAGAGAAGGCCAAGCGUAGGGCGCCUGGCCCUGGCCCGAUUCGGAAGAGGGAUUGGGCGCCCAUGGCGUCCAAGUGGCUAAAGCACCGCCGCGUCAUCCUCCACGCGGACGGGGCGAGGUCCUACAAGAUGAAAGUCGAUGGCGUCUUGCACGACUGGGUCGUGCACAAGAAGAAAAGGGUGCGGGUUGGCGGGAAGUGGGUGUGGCUGAAGCCGGCAUUCACGAAGAUCCGCUACCGCGACGUCCCUGACCAGAGGGGGUGGGAGGUGUUGCCCGGCGCGGGAAAGGUUGGCGGGUGGCAUGCGCUGAGGUUUGGAGAGGCGGCCCAGCGCGACAUGCGCAGUUGCUGCUCGCUCUCUGGCCUAUGCAAGGUGCGCUCCUUCCAGUGGACGUACUGGAACCGCGGCAGCGAUCUCUGGCUCGCUACUGGCCAGAUGCUCCGCGACGCGUGGGCCAAGGACCACGCUCAGUGA